UCAUGGUCUUAGUAACUCAAAAUGGCCAAUAAUAUAGCGCAGUGAUAUAAGUAGUUUCUUUUGCCAGCAUUGUUCGUGCCAGUGAUGAGGGUGGCCCACAACACGACCGUGCAGCAAAGUUAUGCUGACAACGCAGACGACUGUGCGGCCUCCUGCGAUUCAAUGUCCUCCAUUAUGUGCAACAGUUUCGACUUUUGCCCCGACAAAGACUCUCCAUCCUGUAUCAUUGGUACGAGACACGCAGAGUCGGAAGGGGACAAGUCAGACGUCAAAGGACUGUGCACGCACUACUCACGUACAGCAGGGUGGGCUUACAAAGGUAUGAGUGUGGACAUGAUGUACGCCAUCCUCACAGAUUGGGUGUAUCGCGACAUGUUCUCCAUACUCCAGUACACGCCUGAUGGAGCGAACAAGACUUACAUAGCCACAGACAUCCGUGACGACAUUCUCCGCUCAACUGAUCCAGAUAGCACCUCUGGAAGCUUCCUCAAAAUGUUUGCUGUGACGUCCAAAACUCAUUUCGUGAAAAAUGCAGUUGUCAUCACCAAGAGCAAGGUGAGCGUGUCGGACUGUGCAGUGCUGUGUAUUCAGGAGAACACAUUCCAGUGUCAAGCCUUCGACUACCAGUUCACCGAGGGAAGCUGUCACCUCUCGAAUAUUCACCCAGACCAGCAGCAAAAUGCGACAGGGCCGGACGUGUACUCGGACACAUACUCACGUUUUUACACUAUAGAGUACACGAAAUUCCCUGGAGAGGUUCUAAAAGACGCCCCAGACAAAACAGUGAGCAACGCUGCGUCGGACGAGAUGUGCGCACGUGCAUGCACCAUGGAGACGAGCUUUCGUUGCGAGUCCUUUGAGAUUUGCUCAAUCCCCACAGCCACGUGCGCACUGAGGAAAACUCAUAGGCUGUCUGUCAAACCCAAUGACACGCAAUUCAGCUCUGGCUGUCUGCUAUACUCGCGCAAUCAUCUCUUCGACUUCACUUCGAGGGAAAACAAGGUUCUCCAAGGUCACGACGACAUCCAGACAGUCGUUUCGGAUCCUAGCGCUUGCGCACAAGCUUGUGCGGCGGGAAGUCUCCUCCCAGGCUGCGCCAGCUUUGAAAUGUGUCAGAAAGAUCGAGGGGAGACAACUUGCACAUUGUCCACGGCUGACCCAACAACUGAUACUGCACUGACCAUAGCUGAUAGCGAGGAUUGCUCUCUGUACACCCGAGCUAACAAAAUACCGAAAGUAAACCCUUCAGCGACAACCAGAGCCAGCCAGCCUACAAGUAAAGAGCCCAUCCCUUCUACGCCUGAGCCAAAGCUGAACUCUUCGCCCCAGCCUGCAAGCAAUAAACCUCCCACUUCUCCAUCGCCUCAGCCUAAGCAAAACUCUUCGCCUCAGCCUCAGCAAAAUUCUUCACCUCAGCCUGUUCAGAAUUCGAGUCCCCGUGUUGGUUUGGCUAUAGGUAUGCUGUUUGUUGGUCUUCUGUUGGGAGCUGUGGCCACCUUUUUCUUCGUCCGCCGGCGCUAUCUAGGCUAUCAGAACCAGGAGGACACCACUGCACUCGACACAUGGUCGACUCGAUAACUCGCCUUUAAAAUUGAAACCGGGGGUUUCAAAAGCCUUUUUUUCCCUUUGCCUAUUUAUAUGAGAUUGACGCCAUCUGAUAAGUAGAAAAAAGUCCAUGAUAGUGUUCAAAAGUGGAUUACGGUCACGGGGUUUCAAAAGCUAAAGCUGGGUUUUUGGAAGUUUACUGGGGG